UGUUUUGAGAACGAAGCAAAUACUACAAUGAUUGUUAUUAUGACGAGGAAUGUUCGUACGACACAUUAUAACUGUUUUGGGUGUUUUGAGAACGAAGCAAAUACUACAAUGAUUGUUAUUAUGACGAGGAAUGUUCGUACGACACAUUAUUACUGUUUUGGGUGUUUUGAGAACGAAGCAAAUACUACAAUGAUUGUUAUUAUGACGAGGAAUGUUCGUACGAUACAUUAUAACUGUUUUGGGUGUUUUGAGAACGAAGCAAAUACUACAAUGAUUGUUAUUAGAACGGGGAAUGUUCGUACGACACAUUAUAACUUUAUUUCGCAGCCAAAAAUAUUAUAGAAGUUACUAUAGUAACCAAAUUAAGUGAAUAUAUACAAAUAUCAUAAAUAAUAAUUAAUCGAAAAGCACAGGUAGACCAACUAGAGGAAGUAAGUAGAAUAACAUUAAUAUAAUUAAUAUGAUUAAAUAAAUAACCGCUGAGGCAGAGGGCUGAUAACCCGCUCCCGUAAAAAACAACUUAUUACAGAAACCGAAAAUCGAGAAAAUUUCAACCAAUCUAAGGAACACUGUUGCCGUUCUUUACGAAAGAAGUGAAAGCAUGAUACACGAAGGACAAAGCCGAAAGGAACCCCAAGGGCGGAAAAAGAAAUUAGUGGACCCUAAAAACAUAUUGAAAGUUGGAAAUUGGAAUGUACGAACAUUAUAUAGGAGUGGAAACCUAGCACAAGCAGCAAGAGAAAUGUCACGGAAAGCUAUUGACAUCAUGGGGAUAAGUGAAACACACUGGGUAGGACAAGAUAAAAUUCAAUUAGCAGAAGGACAUACCAUAAUCUAUUCUGAAAGGGAUGAUGACAACCAUAGGGAACGAGUAGGCAUACUAAUGUCAAAAAAAGCGACUGAGUCAUUAAUCGACUGGACACCAAUCACCGAAAGAAUCUUAAAAGCUAGAUUUUACUCACAACACAUAAAGCUGACACUUAUUCACUUAUACGCACCUACUGAAGACACGGAUGAGCGGWCAAAAKAUGAUUUCUWCAUGAAACUACAAGACGUGUUGGAUAGCAGAAAUAAACAUGAUAUGAUGAUAAUUACAGGAGACAUGAACGCCAAAGUAGRAUACGACAGAGAAGGCUAUGAAAGAGUGAUUGGARCACAUGGRAUGGGACAKAGAAAUGAUAACGGGAAAAGGUUAUGCGAUAUUUGUGAUAUGAAUGAACUUGUUAUUACAGGUACUUUAUUCCCUCAUAAAGAUAUACAUAAGACGACAUGGACAUCUUCAGACAGAAGAACCAAGAACCAAAUAGAUCAUACACUUAUUAAUAAACGCUUCAGAAAUUCAGUUGAAAAACACCAGAGUAUACAGAUCAGCAGACAUCGGAUAUUUAAACUGAGACCUUUGCUAAUGUUGGGUUGUCUCAAUGGUGACGACUGUAUUGUAAAUCUGAUAUAA